AGAUUUUCUUUACCUUCGCCUUUGGUGAAGCGCAUUCAGUCUAGUAAAAACAAUCACUGAGAGCACGUGUAUAUACAGUCCUUUUUUCAUCAGAAUUGAAAUUUUGCACAGUGAUCCACUUUCUAUGUGUGCUUUUAAAGGCAAUGUGAGAUAUUCGAAUGAAUAUUAAACUAUUUAAGACGUUGGCAAUAACAUUUUUACUUUAACAUAUGAAAAUGUCCGAUGACAUCCCACCGAGUAAGCGUCCGCCGUACAAAAAGCGUAGCUCAUCAAUAUCUGCGCCAGCAUGUGCAAGCCUGGAAACUAUUAUCUGUCCUCCAACCGAUAGUGGUAUAUCUGACAAUGGAACUCCUGGAAAUAGACGACGAAGGCAAGCUACUCGAUCCCAAAGUGCUCGUAUUACUGGACCAAGAUCGGUGCGCCGAAAACUACAACCACCAUCGUCAACACUACAAGAUGCGAAAAGCCAUUUCACUAGUGAGCCAAGGUUGAAUGACUCCGAAACGCCACCGCCGCAAAAACGACGGGGAUCGCAAAGGCGAUCUACACAAAACACUGCUGCUCGUAAAUCUAAUAUAUUCUUGGAUGUACCACACUUGAAUGUUCAAAAUUUACAAAUAGAUGAUCAAGAUGAUGACGACAACUAUAGACUAAGAACAUUUAGCUCUUCAAAACAGGAUGAGUGGCAGAAUAUGUUUCUGGAGACAUUCCUUCCGGUAUAUUUCGACGUUCAUACCUGGGACGGUGAAGAAAGCAUCCGUGCCAUGCUUAACAGUGAAAAUCUGGCCCCUGGAAGUACCUUGUAGUCCAAUUUGACAUACGUUUCAUCAUCCAUGAAUAUUCACAUGCAUUUUUUGCUCAAAACAUCGUCGUACAGCUUCCAAGCCUGAGUUUUCACAUAAUCCGCCACAAUUUGACUGCGUUUUGGACAUUUCUGUUUUGGGUAGGUCUUCGGGGAAUUACGCUCCUUGGCGCGUUGAACCAUACCAACAGUCGUUUCACACUUUUUUGCGUAAUCUCUAAUGGAUACCUCAUAUUUUCCUUCAACGAUUUUGCAAAUUUUGCUGUCCAAAUUUGACUUGGACGCACCUGUUUUUUGCCGCGUCCGGGUAAGUCUUUCAGUAUGUUAUGCAUACCGAAUCGUUUGAUAGCAUUUUGGACAACAAAAACCCUAACACAUCCAAUUUUUGCUAAUUUUCUUAGCGAUGAUCAUUUUUUCCUUGCAGUGCCUGGUCACAAUCAAUUUUCGCUUCUCCUCCGUAAACCCUCGCAUUGUUCCACUUGAGGAAAAACUUUAACUUUUAAUGAAGGUUAUCGUUUGUUUACAACAUUAGCAACACAUAGACACAAAGCAGUUAACAAAAUAAAGCAUUGUCUUUUUAAUACAAAGCCUCAAAGGUGUACUCAUAAUUAACGAUACAGUCCUUAUUGAACUAUUUUUGAGGCUAUUAUAAACAUUUUCAACUACUUUACGAUACACUCCUUAACAUUAAUCUUCACUGACAAUAUUAUUAGUUUUUUUUUAAUUUGCCUUACCGAGACGAGAUUGAAAACAUUAUUUUCUCCUUGAUUUUAUCCCUUUGGAGCCGGAUGGGUUCGCCACUGCUGCUGCAAUCUCGUUGGCCUUGAAUACGUUUGCUAUGUUCUGUUUCAUCACCGGGGUCAUAUUGACCCCUCCGGCUCCAAAUGGUUAAACGACGUCCAAAUCAAAUUUCACUCCAGAAGCGUUCUUAACACUCUUUUUACAAAAUAUUUUGAUUGGUCAAAAAUUCCUACAAUUAGUGGGAUGUAAUAAGUUUAAACAAAUAUUUUGAUGAAUUUUGUUUGUUAUACAAAACUAGCACUGUUGAAAAGUUUCUUUUGUAGUCUGAUACUACAGUUCAAAUAUGUGUGGUAGAUAAUGUAGCCAAGUAGAAAAUGAUUCGCUACUUCAAAUGAAUCAAAUCAGACUUCAUGACAACUCAUAAUUGGACAGAAUUCUCGAUGAGCUAGGGUCUUGUACCAUUUAGGCAGGUGUACCUAUUUUGGGCAUUUGCCGCUCUAACUAAGUCAAUUUACAACCGACUGAUUUGAAUUUUUGU